UUUGGGACCGACCGAGGGCCGGGGGAUUUUCGGACCGGCCGGGGGCUGCGGGGCGACCCCAGCGCCUCCCCGGGCAGCGCCCGAGCUUGCGGCCUGCGCUGGUCCCGUGCGCCAGCCGCGCAGCCAUUGGCUGCCGGGCCGGGGCCGCUGUGUGCCGCCCCUCGCCAUUGGCUGCCGGGACAGAGCCGCCCCUCGCCAUUGGCUGCCGGAACAGAGCCGCCCCUCGCCAUUGGCUGCCGGGCCGGGGCCGCUGUGUGCCGCUCCUCGCCAUUGGCUGCCGGGACAGAGCCGCCCCUCGCCAUUGGCUGCCGGGCCGGGGCCGUUCUAUGCCGCUCCUCCCCAUUGGCCGCGGAUGCCGCUGUAGGCGCGCCGCCGCGCUCGUGCGAGGAUUACUGGGGGGAGUGGAAGCAUUGCCGCGGGCUGCGCCACGCCUUCCACCACUACUACGCGCACGGGGAGCUGCCGGAGUGCGGCCGCUGGCGGGAGGACUACGAGGCCUGCCGAGCCUGGGAGAGGGACCGCUCCCCCGCCGCGCAGGAAGCUUUGUGCAAGAGUGAAAGAGCUCGAGUUAUGGAAAAACAGAAAUAUGCUCCAGUGUGGAAGCUCAGGAAGAGCCCACCAUCUGACUGGUAUCUACCACUUGACCAUGACAAAUCAAAUUAACAAGACUGUUUUCUGUGUUUGGUCAUUAACAUAAUACACAAUUCAGAAUUAUGCUUUUUUUUUUCCCUUCUGCAUCAUCUUGAAGUUAUUCAACUGUACCUCUGCCGUACAAUACUUUAGCACUUACUCAAAAAUUCUGAAAUUUUAUUUAAACACUGAAUAUUUUUAAAGGGAGAUUUGAAGUGCUUAAUUUGGUUGUGGUCUUUUAGUGUUGACUUACAUAGCAGGAUUUCAUUUCAGCAGGCACUUUUCAAUUAAUGCAUACAUGCUCUAGCUAUGAAGGCCUCUUGCCCUACCAGCUGGCAUGAGCACUUCUGGAACAAGGUACCCACCCCAGGCCUGCCAAAUGGGGGGGGAAAAAACAAGGUGGGACUCUUUCUUGCUGGCUCAGGACAAUCCCUAGCACUGGCAUUUAAAGACAUUUCCCAGAAUCAGGGUUGUGGUGGUUGAAGAGCUUCUCACCUGUGGGCUGCACACCCUGGAACUGCUCUCCAGUGGUGCUGUGUGUUGUGGGACUAUUCAGAACUACUCAAAAAUAAAGGUUUAAACGAA